CUACGAAUAUUUAUCUCAUUUUACACAUUUUCCCUAGAAAAUCUAGAGAGCGAAACGGCGAGAAAAUUUAGAGGGAGAGAGAGAAUAGAGUUUUCCUCAUGGUAGAGAGAGAAGAAUUUAAGAGAGAGAAGGGGGGCAGAGAGGAGCAAUUUAAGCUUACAUGACGGUUGAUUCUCAGAGACUUUUCAAGAUUUUUUUCUCAGAUCAGAGAGAGCGAGGAUCUUUUGUAAUAAUAUACAGAAGGAAGCUCAUCUGGUUGUGCUGUACGAGACCUGAAGAUUGGCUACAACUUGCUGGAUAGUAAUCGAAGAGUGGAUUUUUCUCUGCAAUCAGAGAGUGGGAUUUUUCAGAGAGACUGAUUUUUGGAAUUGGGAUAUUGGAGUUUGCGUUUGAUUGUGCUGCCGAUUGAUCGUUGCGGCGUCAAUGGCCGAGCGGUCAGAACGGACUGUGGAGGAGCUGUACAAUGCGACCGAGUCGAUUGCCAAACUGGAGAUAACACCAGUCUUGAAAGGGAGUUAUCGGAUGCAAGGACCUGUUGAUGAGACAGAUCAUGAUAUUGAGAAGAAUACGGUAUCUUCUCGACCAGAAAAAAAAUUUGGGAAGUGUUCCUUGAGUAAGAAAGUUCCUAUGAGAGGCGAGUCUGGGACUUGUAACGUGUGCUCUGCUCCUUGUUCAUCUUGUAUGCAUCUGAACCAAGCUCUCAUGGGGUCAAAGACUGAGGAGUUUUCUGAUGAAAGCUGUCGUGGAAAUGUUGCUAGCCAGUAUUCUUUCAAUGAGAGUGGUCCUUUAUCUUCUCUUAAGUGUCGAGCAUCUGAUAGCUUACAGCAUACCACCAGUGAAACCAGUAACGUAGUCAGUUUUAAUUCCGGUCAUGAUUCUUUCUCGGAAAAUGCUGAUAGUAAAUCAACCUUAAGGUCGUCUGUGAUAUCUUAUGCUUCUGAAGAUCUUGAGAUACUUCCAAAGUUGACUUCUGGAGAAAGAAUCUCAGAGGAUCAACUUUCUUUCAAACCAGAGUGUGUUUUGGAUCAGAGAACCUUCUCAAAUAAGUACAAGGAAAUUAAGGCAGUUGAAGGCCAUGAUGACAACAUUGCAUGUGUUAGUAGACCCAAAGAUGCAAGUGUAGAGUUUAGUAAUCAUAAAAGGAAUAUAAACAGUAGUGCAGCUUCAGUCACUACUUUAGAUCCAGAGGGAUCAUGGAAGGGAACACAAUUCAACAAGUUGGCCUCAUCUGAGAUUCCUUCUUCAAAAGAUGCAGAUGCUAGCAGUACUUCACCGAAGGACAAAGUUCUGGAAUGCUCAACUGAACUCAUCAAUUCAACUAAAGAGGCAGCUUCCGAUAUUGUUUCUGUCCAGAAAUGUUUUGCACAUAAAGGUAACCUUAUUGGUGGCAAUUCUGAGGCUUCAAUGAAAACUUAUCCAAAGUCAGAAGCACAGACCGAGAAGGAUCAUGGGAACCCACCAGGUGAAACUUUGAAAUCUUUAGGCGAAGAUGAGCGCAAUGAUAGUUCCAAGGAGUUGGUUGAGUUACCUGUCAUGCACGAGCCUCCUUUGCGAUCUGUUUCUGUGGAUGAGAGUGAUGAGUCCGACAUUGUGGAGCAAGAUGUAAAAGUAUGUGAUAUUUGUGGGGAUGCGGGUCGUGAGGAUUUGCUUGCGAUAUGUAGUAGGUGCAGUGAUGGUGCAGAGCACACCUAUUGCAUGCGAAAAAUGCUCCGAAAAGUUCCUGAAGGUGACUGGCUGUGUGAAGAAUGCAAGUCUGCUGAGGAGGAUUCUGAAAACCAGAAGCAAGGUUCGGAAAUUGAGGGAAAAAGAACAGAAAAAGUUAGUUCAAGCACACAUGUUUCUGGCAAGAGGUGUGCAGAAAAUAUGGAAGUGGCUUCAGCAAAAAGGCAGGAGCUAGAAACAGGUACAGGAUCACCCAAGCCGUCAAGUCCCAGCAGAAUAGUUACAGGAUCACCAAAGCCGUCAAGUCCCAGCAGAUUAGUUACAGGAUCACCAAAGCCGUCAAGUCCCAGCAGAAUAGUUACCGAAUUGCCAAAGCCAUCAAGUCCCAGCAGAUUAGUUACAGGAUCACCAAAGCCGUCAAGUCCCAGCAGAAUAGUUACCGAAUUGCCAAAGCCAUUGAGCCCCAGCACAGUAGUUGCUCUAUCUCGGGAUUCUUCAUUCAAGAGCUUAGAUAAGGGAAAAACAAAGUCUGCUUAUCAAACACCUUUUCGCAAUCAAUCCAGUAAUGAUAUCCCAGAAACUGUGCGCUCUCCUAUGACCGGUCCACGGCUUCAAACAUCCAAGAGUACAUUGUUUAAAUCCAAUUCAUUCAAUGCCUUUAAUUCCAAACCAAAAGUUAAACUUGUAGAUGAAGUUCCGCAAAAGCAGAAGGGUGCUAGAGAACAUACUUCCAUUGAUAUGAAGGAGGGGCCUGCCAGAAUGAUAAGCAAAUCCAUGUCAUUUAAACCUGCAAACUCAGGACGUACAAAUGCUAGUGAAUCAAAAGUUAAAAUGCUAUCAUCUAAUUUUACCCAUGUUCAAGAUCUAAAAGGAUUGAAACAAGCAAAAGAACGUGGUCCAUUUGAAAGAAAAAACUCAUGUAAACUGGAACGCCCUCUAAUCGGUUCAACAACAGCUAGUUCCACUGUUUCGACAGCUAAGGUUGACCAAAAGCUUGGAUCUCGUGUUGAAACCAGUUUGCCUUCAUUUAUAAGCAACCACCGAGAUUCAAAGGUUGUACAGUCAGAUGGAAAAUUAAGUCUUUCGAAAGUAACCAGCAGUCUAGGUCGUAAAGGUGUAGAAACUCCAGUUACUUCAGCCGGAGCUUCAUCUACUAGUGGAAUGUGUGGCUCCACUGCUGAACAAAAGCUGAAUCAAGUUUGUUCUAAGGAUGAACCUGUAGCCACUCAUUCUUUGAAUGCUGUGAGGUCAUCCAAUAAUGCUGAGGGAAUUGUGCAAGAUGGUUUGCAUUGGUCACAGGAAAUAACUAAUCAGCAUGAGAAAACUAGGGAGAGUUCCAGUAUACGCUCAGCCACAAGGCCUACUACUGCAAGUGCUUCUAAAGGUGUUGUUUGUCAAAAAUGUAAAGAAAUUGGGCAUGUGGGAGAGUUCUGCACGGUCAGUAUUCCACAGGCUUCUGGUACUGAUAUAUCUGCUGCAAGAAGUUCUAAAGAGGAAAUGCAUGAAGGCAAUAAGUUGAAAGCAGCAAUUCAUGCUGCAUUGCUUAGAAGACCUGAAUUUUACAGGAAGAAAAGAGUACUUGAUCAAUCUGAUGACUUAUCCAUAUCAAACGCGGACUUGAAUUACGAAAUAGCUUCUCACGAUCAAAUGUUGGUUUCCAAUAAGCUGAAGGAUGCCAUGUCCACUGAAGGAAGUUCUGAAGGGCCAGCUAUUCUUGGGAGUUCUACCUCCGAAUCUUCAAAACAGACUACUGUCAAUAGUUUGAAGCAGUUUGGUUUGCACCCAAUUGAUGUUUUUUCUGCCAAAGUGGGGGACUCAUGUUCCAAUGCUGUUUCUGUUGGAAAGCCUACAAUAAGGCAUUUUCCUUGUCAAGCUUCCACUGUUCUCCUGAAGAAAUCAGUCAUUCCUGCACAUGAAUUUAUCUGGCAGGGGGGUUUUGAAUUGCAUAGAGGUGGUAAACUUCCAGAAUUUUGUGGUGGAUUUCAAGCACAUCUAUCAACUUAUGCAUCACCUAAAGUUUUAGAAGUGGUGAACAAGUUUUCCCACAAAAUUUCCCUGCAUGAAGUAUCUCGCUUAAGCACAUGGCCAUCCCAGUUUUAUGAAAGUGGCGCUAAUGAAGAUAACAUUGCUCUGUACUUCUUUGCCAAAGAUAAUGAGAGUUUUGAGAGAAACUACAAGAGCCUGUUGGAUAAUAUGGUGAAGAAUGAUUUAGCCCUCAAAGGGAACUUUGAUGGCGUUGAACUUUUGAUAUUUCCAUCCAACCAACUUCCUGAGAAGUCACAGCGUUGGAAUACAUUGUUUUUCUUAUGGGGUGUGUUCAGGGGAAAGAGGGUGAAUUGUACUGAUUUGUCUAAGAAGUUACAAAUUCCCAGUUUGAAUGUGGUUCCGCUGAACAAAGAUAUUCCCCCUGCUGUCAUGACCUUGUCCGAGAACUUGUGUUCGGAAAGGUGUAUAGAUGAAGAGCUACUAGCAUGUGACAGAUCUUGCAAUAUGGUCCCAACAUCCAAUGCCCCUAAUCAGCCAUGUGCCACAGUAAGUGGGGAUUGUGAAAACAAUGUAACUUCGCUUGAACAGACACGUCCAGGAUACCAAGAAAAUUUGGAGCAGCAAGAUAGUAGACCAUAUCGGGAAUCCAUUUCGAAGAUACGAACAAGCAUUGUGCAGUCGAGCCAAGAAAUGAAACCCAGCAGUCCAUCCUUGAAAGAGCAGUGUCUUCCAGAAAGACUGGAUGCACAGAUCAAAACCUCGUGUCAUGCAUCUGGAAAAAGUGGCUCCAACAGUGGUGAGAAGAUACUAAAGCAUAGGGAUGAUUCUUCUGACACAGAAAAUACGCCGUCUUCCAGAAAUUUUCCUGCUGGCAAUGAGUGUUGUGUCUUGAGGGUGGCUGGGAACAAAAUUCAAGGUAGAAUGAAUGAAGUCCUAGAUCAAGUUAAAGUUGAGAGGGAAUUGAAGGAAGAUGCUGGGUAUGUGGAUAGAGAGACAGCGUUGGAAAGAGACCUGACAAAUCACCGGAAACGUCCCUACUUGGAUCUUUCAGAGACGUCUCCCCAAACUUCUACUGGCACGAGUCAGAUAAUGCCCUGGAAUGAAGCGAGUAGUAUGUCAAUUUAUGGAGAAAGUGGUGGUAAGAGGAUGAAGACAGGUUUCAGUGUAAUGCUUGGACAUAGCGAUUCCAGAGGUAGGCAUUCUGGGAAUGGUAAUUUUGCAUCUCAGGUAAUUGAUCCGGGCCCCUGUUCUUCCAUUGAGAAGAAAUUUGACGAAGUUUGUGAUGAGAAAGUGAUUUUGGAGGACUUGGGAACUCAUGAAAAGUACCUAUUUCCUGUGGAUUCACAUAGAGUAAAGGAUUUUGGACUUGGGGAGAACUCCGUUCCCAGGGAAAAGCACACAUGGGAUGAUGAUGAGGUUCCAAAUCUUGAGCUUGCUUUAGGGGCUGAGACAAAACCAGCAACUAAAGGAAUGUUGCCUUUCUUUGUUGGGGCAGUAGGCAAGAAAAAUAACCAAAACAUGCCACUGGAUGCGGUGACCAGGGAGGAUGAUGAUGGUGUCUCUGCAUCCCUUUCCCUUUCUCUCUCGUUCCCAUUUCCGGACAAAGAGCAGACUGUAAAACCUGUUUUGAAAGCGGAGCAGCUGCUGCCCGAAAGACAAAAUUUGAAUAACUCACUGCUUUUCUUUGGGGGCUACAGGAACAAAUAGAAAUGCUGCUAUGUUGGCAUUAGUCUGUACAUUAGCAUGCCCCACAUGGUUGUGGUGAAUGUGUACUGGAUCAUGUACGCUGAUCUCCUGUGGGCACAGGCAUCAUAGGUGAACCCAUUUUCCAUAUGUUCAUACCCCCAUACAGGAUUUACGCCCCUUUUUUUCA